AUGCAAGGGGAUUCCCCUCUUUUCAACGUCACAUACCCUCCGCCUGAUCCGUUUUUUACCAAAUACAGGGAAUUUCACCAUGUCUACGAGUAUUUGAUUGCCGCCAUUUCGACCACGCUCAAUGGAACGGUGGUUUAUCUCGCAUUAACCACAAAGAAUGCAACCAUGAAGAAUUAUUGUUGGGUUCUGUUGAUGAGUGUGACCGGCGACAUGAUUUACACCACCAUCAAUUUUAUCACCAUGAUGGUAAGUGUGCGCGCAACAGGAGGUGUGGAGACAGUUUGAUGACUUUUGCUGAAGAAUGGCUGUAGGAAGUGCCUAAAAGCCCUAACAAAGCCGUUGGAUGGUCGGCGGACGCUCGGCGGAGACUUGACGAAGACUUGCAAUAUGUCCAAUUUUUCUAAUUUUAGCUAUUACUAACGUUAGUUUUCUUACCCUAAUGUAAGUAACUAAGACAUAUAAAAGACCAAAAUUCGCGGAGGAAAACGAAGAUCUUUUAUCUAGGCAUUAUUGAUGAGAAUACAUGCAAACUACCUCAAAACAAACAAUAAGCUAUCCUAGGACCCGAUAAAUAUUGUCAUUUCUAUAAUAACAAUUAAGCCUUCUGCUAGUCUCCUCCGUGCAUACAACAACGAACCGACGCAAUCCAUAGUAUCAUAGUAUCGUUGACCCGAAAAGUCGUAGCGUCAUUUACAUUCCCUCAAAUCUUAUACAUUUUCAAGGAUGUGGCCAAAGCGCGACGCUCAGAUUUCGAUAAAACUUUCUCAAAUUUAGUAUAGUUUUUUCUAAUGUAAGACAUAUGUCAGAAUCCUAGCUCACGUCUUGCAGAAACGACGGAAAUUUUUAGAAUUUUUUAGAUUAAAUUGUGAAAACUGUCAGACUUUCUUUUUUUGGCAAAUUUUGUCAUGAAACCCUUGGCAUCACUCUCCUCAUAACUUCCAUGACUCCUUACCUUCCACGCCUGCUUUAUUUUCAGAUUGUUGAAAUCCGCGCCGGCAAGAUGUGGUUCAUCACAACCGGCCCCUUCGUACAUAGUGAAUACCCAUACAACAUGCUGAUGUCAUCUCUCUACCUCACCGCACUUUAUGUCACAAUUAUGACGAUUAUGGUACAAUUCCUCUACCGGUACGAAGCUCUGUGCAAACGAGAUUUUUCAAUUCGAAAGUUUUGCAAAUAUUACGCAAUAGGCCUGAGUUGGUGCGUAAUUCAGGGCUUCACCACGUGGCCGGUUUUUGAUAGGCCGAGUGCUCAGGAUACGAUCGUUUUGAAAGGACAUCCCAUGUAUACGUACGACACUCCAAGCUAUGUGAAUGCGAAUACGGUAAGUGUUUUUUGAAGUUGAAAUUUAGGGUUCUCCGGUAUAAAGAUUACGGUAUAUUUUGGUUUAUAAUUCUAGCGCCGCGUUUACGAAAACAACCGAGAUUUUUAGGUCGAAAGUUGGAAAAAAUGCGAAACUUUUUUGCGAAUUUUGGCAUGAAAAGUUGUAUACUUAAUUCUACCAUAGAGGAUAAUAUUUUCUCAAAAAAUCUAUUUUUUCCACACGGCACUGGCAAAGAUAUCGCCAAAAAAUGUGUUGUCUCUGACCGCUCUCCGUGUUUCGCGUACUCUCUCAGCGACAAAGAUCGUUGAAUUUCUCGGCUGGCCCUGCAAGAUGCGAGCUAAAAUUUUCAGGAAUUGAGAAAUGGCCUAUGGCUGGCGUGUGUGCAAAAUUUAAAGAAAAUCUGAGCGUCGCACUUGGGGUACCUCCCUUGCAAUGGGUGAUUGAAACUAUGGGUAGCGCAGGGUCGAGUGGCCGGCUACUAAAGUUGUUAAAAUUAUAGUUAAAUAUUGCAUAUUUAGUAGCCUUCAGUACAAUAUUUUCUUUAUUACCCCGGAAUUCCCCCACCCCAGAAAUCCAUCAUCCGAAUAUGCGCCAUCAGAAUUUUCACCACCCAAAAAAGCUAUCAACUGAGAGGACCAGCUCACCCGGACGAGCAUCAUUAGCUCACGAUUUGCAGGGACAGCCGAGAAAUUCAACAAUCUUUGAGGCCGACAGAGUACGCGCAACGCGGAGAGCAGUCAGAGAUAAAUCACUUUUUGGCUUUAUCUUUGCCAGCUUCAUGCGGAAAAAAUUGAUUUUUUGUGGAGACAUUACCCCUUGUAAGACCUUUUCCUUUUCAGAGCAACACCCUUACGCUGCUUCAUUUCAUGUCGAGUCAGAUGACGAUUGUCGUUCUGUACACGGUAGUCUACAUUACCGGCCGACGGAUUCACAAAGCCCUCAACUCCACGCAAUUUACGAUGAGCAAGACCACCAGAGAGGCGCAGAGGAAAUUGAGUAUGGUCAUGAUGUUACAGGUACAUUUUUAAUCUCAUAAAAAUCAGAAAAAUUUUUUUUUUAUAAUUUUAGGCAACGUAUCCCGGAAUUAUCGUCGGAAUCCCGGUCAUCCUGGGCUGCGGCAUGACUCAGCUCAAAUUCGACGUUCUUUGGGCCGGAAUGUACUUUGUGACGUCGAUUUCUCUAAUUCCUCUCGCCAAUUCUAUCACCGUUCUUUUGGUGAUCCCAUCGUUCCGGAAAAGACUCUUCAGAAUCCCCGGAAUUCGCAUCAAAACGUCAACCACAUCAGAGAACAGCAUUAUCCGACGUGUGGCAGAACGAGAAGUUCAUACGGUGGCUUGAAAAGGAAUGAGAAAAAAAUUUAGUAACUAGUGUAAUAUCAUUCUAAAAAGUUGAAUAAAAGAUUAGAAAAGGUGUUUAAAAUAAUUUAACGCAUAUCCAAAGGCUUCAUCUCGGUUAUCUUUUGAUUCUACCUUUUCAAAAUCCGAAAAUCGACAAUUUUAAGUUUAAUCGUAUAAAAUAUCCCUGCAGUCUGCAGACUCUUGGCACAGCCUGGGCGCAGCUCGCAAAAUGAUGUUAUCAUUGUCCAGCGCGGAUUACGGCAAUUUUCCAGUCCAAGGUUGAUUUUAUCGUUGAUUCGAGGUGUUGAACUGCUUCUAGCCCCGUUUCCACUGCAGACUCGGUUCUUUUCAGCGUGUUUUGCUUGAUUUAUGGAGUGAUUUUUACUGUUGUUUGUUAUAGAGUUCCUGGCCGAGCACACACACGAUGAAGAUUAAGGAUAAAUUGAGGAACGCAUUGGUAAGUGUACAUUCCACCUUUCUUUAUCAAUUUCGGGCUUAGAGUUAUCGUUUCUACAUCCAGUUUUGAGAAAUUUCAUAUUAUCCAUGGCUAACUUACUUUUUUCCAGAAAAUGGGUAAUAAACCGGAACCUAAAGGAGAUUCGGCACCCAGCAAGCAGGACGAGGAGUCUGAGGUGCCAGCUCCACAGGAAAGCAAAGAUGAGACCGCUUUUUUCAGCGCCCGCGAUGAGGACAGUUCCAGCUGUUCGUCGGUAAGGCUUGCGUAAUGAUUUUCUGAUCGGUUUUUAGGUUACAUAAGUGUUUGUAGCUUGAAUUUAGCUUUACUAUCGGUUCAUUACAGAUUUGCAACGAAUCACAUCGUCGUCGUCGAGUUUCAUCGGCAGCUUCGGAAGCCUCGCUGAAAAGCGGACGAGAUGACUCCGAUGCAGGUGGAAUAUCCGGCGAAGUCUUUGAUAACUCCGAAGAUGGUGAGAAUUGUGACGGGAAAAGCAAUGAGGCAUUGGCCGGUUCCAUCAGUAGUGCUAAGGAUGAAGUAAAAAUUGAGAACGAGCAAGUAGAAGAUAAAUCUGUUGAAAACUCUCCGAAUGAAGAGACUCUACGGAAAAAGCAUGAUGAAUCGGAAUCCGAAGAGCCUGAAAAGGAUGUAAAUGAUCCUCUUGAACAUGACGGUACCUAUGAGAAUCUUCCCCAUGACAUCAGUGAUCACCAUGAAGAAUACUCGUUUGUGGAGCCAGUUGAAGAGGUGGAUCCCAUCCCAAUUGGUCAAACGAUUGCUCCCGAAGUCUUCUUCAAGAGUUAUCAAAAGUAUGUAGAUAGCCACGCUCCCAAGGAGGUGCCCGAUCAAGGUGCUGAGGAAGAGGAGAAGGAUGAAGAAAGGAGUGAGGGAAGUUGUUCGGAGGGUAACGAGGACCAGAAUGACGUUAGUGCGGAGGAAUUGGAGAGUCGUCAGGGCUCGGAGGAUGAAGAGGUUACCGAAAAAGAUCAGAAAGUUGAGAAGAUCGGUGAGUUUUUUCACUUUUUUUGUUGAUGCCUUUAGGUCUGACGUCAAAUGUGGUUUAAAAAUGCGCCAAAAUUUUCUUGAGAGUAUUGUCUUUGAGCUGCAUCGAAGAUUUUAUUCUUCUGUUUACGUUUGUCUGACUAAAAUUCCAUUUUUUUAGUUGACGAUAGCCAUGGACAAGGUAUUGACGAAGGACAGGUGGAUUCUAGCCACGAAGUGGCCGAGUUCUCCUGUUCCGACGAUGAAUUUACGCCACCUCAAAGCCCAGCGAAAAUUCAGCCGGGCAACGAAAAGAUUUCGGAGCAAAACGAAGCCCCAGUAGAAGCUCCUCAAGCAGACAAAAUCGCCAUGGAUGAGGUCCGAAAACCUUGCCAUUUCUCGGUCCCCGAACGCCCAUUGAUCGACCAAUCUGCCUUGUUCGUAAAAGCCACAAGCCCAAGAACUCUGCCUUAUCUGACCGUCGACCAGACCGAGUUUGAGUAUAAGGAAAUCACACCGCAACAUUCGUCGCAUUAUGAGGAUAUUAUCCAUGAAAAUUUCGAAAAAAUUGAACCUGCUGAACCUUAUGAUGGUCUUGAAUGGUUCACGGAUGAGCCUUCACCGCAAUACCCAAGUGGGCGGCUUCCUCACAGCAUCUUUGUAGGUGAUUUUGGUUUUUUAUCUUACUUUAGGUAGUUGUCGGAAAUGGAAUUUCUGAAACUGUUGAUGUUUGAAACGCAUUGUCAAAGGGAAAUUACUUUAUGAUAGGAUGUUAUAAGCAUACAGGGGGAAUUUGCGAUUUCUCUACCAUUUAUUGGGUAUAUAUUACGUGUUUUUGCGAAAUCGGGAUAUUACUUUUGGUGCCGAGACAUUUUUUGAUUUUUUUUGCCUCUAAUACUGUUGAAUAUAGAAGAAUAUUAGCUUCAUAGGACCUCUGAAGAAAACUACGUCGAUUGAAAGUAUUUUUAGCCAAGGAAUUUUUCAAUUUUUUUCGUAAAAUUUAAUUUUAGGACAACUUCGACAAGAGGCGAGUUCGUCGAGUGCAUGCUUACCAAAUCACGGAUGACCGCCCCAUCGAUCUCCCAGAACCAGUCGACUACCUCAUUUCUUAUAAUGACACCUACACCGCCGUGGGAUUUGUGAAGUCGCCGAUAAACGCCAAACACUCCGCCGUCCCCAUCAGCAUUCGGUUUGGAGGAUUUUGGGCCAAAAAUUGGCUGGGCAGGAUUUAUCUCGGAUGCACAGUGCGAGUAAAGCAGUACGUUUUGACAUGCAAGAACCUCCACACCGAUUUGGUGGAAUUUCAAAGCGGAGAUCGGGACUAUGCUGUGCGAGAUCUUUUUGGUUCAGGUGGGUCAUGAAUAAUAUAAAAUUAUGAUGAAUUAUGAAUAUAAAAUGGAUUUCUUUGGUUGGUUUUUGUGUGAUGAGACGUUAUGUGAUGUGGUGAGGUAAGAGGUUUGACUUAUUUUUUCAGGAGUUCCGGUGGCUUCGACCUUUGCCACUCAAUGGGCUGUUGUUGAGCAGCCGAAAAUCGUUCGAUCUCUGGGAAUUGUCCUCGGCGUGGAACCGGGAACCUCCUUAUUUGACUUUACAGCCACCAUCGGAGACGUGGAAUACAACCAGAAGUUGACGGCGUCGAUCGAGCGCUGGCCGGCUGAUCUGAAGGAACCCCCAAAAGUUGCUCGACCAGUGCUGAUUAAUUGGGUUUAUGUAAGUUGAAUUGGUGUUUUAGUACGUGAAAGAUUGCGUGGAAUUAGAUAAAAGCUUUUUGGGCGCCUUAGAAGUUCAUUUUUGGGCAAUAAGCUCAAAAAUUUGACAUGUGAUACCUAGUACAAUAUAAAUUUGCUCGUAAUUUUGUAGGUAGAACAACCGCAUGCCCUCUUCUGGACCAGAGGAUCCUUUGUGGUCCUCCCACCCCACCUCAGCCAUAUCAUGCAUCCGGCCAAGGGCGUCUCGGAGGAUCGCUAUGUUUUCGGCGGGGUUGACCUCACCUCGGAACCGAGCCGUCCCACCAUCAAGUGCAAUGCUAAGAAACUCUGA